AUGGCCAACCCAACUCUCUGCCCCCCAAUUUUUCGAGCCUUAGUGCUCAUUGCCGGCAAGCUAGUGGCCCUCUUGAUAGGACUUGGAGUGAAAGUGGGUAGAGGCGGCAGAGGCGGUGGAAGGUUGAGUUUUCGAGCUCUUGGGUCUGUUGGAGGAUUUCGAGCUCUUGGGUCUGUUGGGUUUUCAAGUUCUGGGCAGAGAGAGAUAGGGAGGGAGAUAGGAGGAGAGAGAGAGCGAGAGAGAGAAAUGGGUCCCACGACUGCCACGUCAGCAAUUAACGUCUGA